AGAUUAUUUAAAUCUUCAAACAAAUGAAGAAGAAUUGGGGUUCUUGAUAGAGGAAAGUAAGAAACAAUUAGAAAAGGUAAAAGAGGAAAUAGAAACUAUCAAAAAUAAUAUAGAGAAUGAAGAAAGCAGUAAAGAUGACUUUGAAAUAAUCGAUAAAGAUUUAACAACAAGAGAAAGAUAUAAGGAUGAGUUAAAAAAACUUAUCCAUGAAUGA